CUAUUCCUUCCCCACUUCUCAUUUCCCCUCAUUUAUUAUAAGGCAUCCAAGAUAUAUAUAAUGGAAGGUCUGAUUCCACUGGUCUACAAGAGCAUCAAGAGAAACAGAACUCUCAGGAAGUAUGAGUUUCUUUCCUCAGAGACUGUUGAGGCUGGCUGCACCUUGACUAGCAACCUUUGUUACAUGGCACCACCACCCGAGGCUGAGAAAACGGCUGUCGAGGCUAAGGUCCACCGGAGGCACAAAUCAUGCCAAGUGGAAUAUUACCCUGCAAGUCGUGUUUCACCCGACCGCACCUCGACUAAGCCUGGAAAGCUUGUCAGGUUUGGAAGCCAGAAGAUGUUUUCAUGUUUGAAUUAAGUAGUGCACAAUAUAAGUGCAUAGUAGAAGCCUAGAAGGUAAGAACUGUUGUCAUUAUAUUGUUGGUGUUGGUUUGCUUAUAUGUAUAGUAAGUUUGGGCUUCACUUAAUCUUGCCUUAUGAUUACUGGCUAUCAGUCUGGCAGUAAGUGUUGAAGCUCUCAUCAUGUAAUCUGUAAAAAAGGAUAUUAUAUAAAGGGACAAAAGCAUGUCUCUUGAAAACUUUAAAC